UUUUCACCCAUCUUAUUAGAAUCAGAAAAAUUCCUGCUACACAAAACAGGUUGCUCGAUUUUCUCAGCAGAUGAGAAAGUUCUGUACAAGUAAUAAGAGCAGCUACAGAAAAAAUCUCAGUCAUAUCGAGACUAAUCGAGACUCCAGACUGCAGUAUCGAAGCUUCUCGUCUCAGUAUAUGCCUAGAAGAGCCAGAAUAAAUGGGACAAAAUCAUUCGCUUUUUUACGCACUUAAAUGCACUUUGAAGACUCCAUUCCAGACGCAAUCGAUAGAGAAUUGUUCGCUCUACAAAAUUCAUUAUCAUCUCCUAUUACAUGUUAUUUCAAAAUAGUGCAAAAUAAGGACAGGUAAGCAGCACAACUGCGAUUCACUAUCAAAAUUUUGAUGGCAUUUUAAUUUUUGUAAUUUUUCGAGAAAUAAUGUGGUAAUUGAGAGAAGAGGAUGCAUAAAAAUCUUCAGCGAAUUUAGGGUGAUCAUUCAAACUACACUACUCCGUUUUGUCACAUGAGGCAACAUGCGAUUUUGAAAAAAGCAGGAAACAGACUAACCAAACAAUGUAGUGUAAGUGUGAGAUAUGGAAGAUUUUGUAGAGCAAAAAAUAUUCCAUCUUCUGAACUCUACGGUAUACAGACAAACAGAGAUACAUAAAUAAUCUCCUUAUUUUAGGACAAUCCGUUACUAUAAACAAAAUGUUAGGUAAAAUUUUAUUUUUUCAAUGUGAAUUAAUCAAAUGAAGACGCAUUCUUCAUGUAAAGUGUCUAUGAUGAAUAGCGAACAGAAACAUUAUUAAAGAACCAAUUAUCACUUAGGAUAUAUCGAAUGCAAAAGAUAUUACAACCUGUUCCUUCCGUUGUAGCUGUGCUUCUUACUUGACCUUACUUUGCACUAUUUUCUUAAAUAAUGAAAUAACAUGUAAUGAGAGAAGAUAAUGAGUCUGUAGAGCGAAAAAUUUUCUAUCAGUUGAGCCUAGAACGGAGUCUUCGGAGUGCACUUAAGAGAAUGAUUUUGCCUCAUUAUUUUGUCCCACCCGUUACAAAGAAAAGAAUAGACACUAUCAUAUUUUUCACAUCAUAAUCAUUUUUCAUGAUUAUGUCUAGGAUAAUUUUCGAUCGAAAACAGAUGCCGACUUGCGGCUGUUGUCAAUCAGUAGUCAAGAUUUGAGCGCAUAUUUUUAUGGAAAGAUAAGCGUAAAAGUAUUUUUCUCAAGUCGAGUGUUAGGAAAAGGAGAACAGGCCUCAAAAAUUUACAAUAAGAAUAUAUUGAUUUUUUCAUGCAUAAAUAUCUCGAAGUAUCCUGUUCAAAUUGUGAAUCAAGUGAAAUCUUGAUUUUCACAGGCUCGAGCGUGGUAUUAGGUUUUAUAUCUGAUUGAUGACAAAUGUUUUAAAAGUAUUGUGGUUUUCCGAAGGAUUUUCCGAAUCCCUUUAAACAAAAAAUUAUUUUUUCAAAUUAUAGAUCCUGUAAUUACGUUUAGCUUAGAAGAUUAACUAUAUGCUGAAGUUGUGAGAUCAUUUUAAUGUAUUUUGAGUUAGAUAUGAGUUUUUAAAACUAGUUGAUCUGGAAACUGUAGUUUUCGUAAAUUUUAGUUUCCAUCAGAUUUUUGAACUAUCAUUUGAAGAGUAUGCCUUGCAACUAGAUCCAGUGUGGUCGAUUACAUAUGUUUCAUGAGACUUGCAGGUUACUCCAAGUCACCAUACACCGACUCUGGAGUUUAAAGAAAACUUUUUGGAGGCUUGAUCUCUUUUUCCAAACACUCGAUUUGGGAAAAAUGCUCUUAAGCUUAACUUUUCAUGAAAAUAUGCGCUCAAAUCUUGGCUCUUGAUUGGCAACACCCGCAAGUCGGCACCUCUUUUCGAUCGAGAAUUAUCCAAGAUCUAGUCAUCAGUCUCUGAAUUUGAAAAGGAUAAUAAUUCGAGAUUAAAGGAAAUAAAUUAUUUAAGAUUUAUCAGAAAUUGAAAAUUGUUUGAAAAUACUUUAUAAAGUACCAGUUAUGUCAAGUAGAACUGUACUGUUGAUAUCGAAACGUUUGAUGGGAGAUGCGAAAGAUGUCGAAAGUUAGCUCUGACCAACAGCUGAAUGAAAGCAAAAGAGAGACAUAGAAGAAGAAUAUUUUAGUCAAAUUGUUAAGAGAGAAAUAAAAGUAUGUGUAUCAUCUAAUGCAUCAUGGUCAAUGAUAGAUAAAAUAGUUGUUUUUUUAUUAAUUGUUUUUUUGAGAAAAUAAACGGUAUCGUUUAUUAUCCAAAAAAAUACAGUGUGUUAGAUAAUACGUUUGUUUAUACACAAAUUUGAAAAAUGAACUGAAAUAUACUUCUUUUUAUACUGCGUGAUGUUUGAAUUACAUUGUAAUAGUUAAACAAUAAAAAAGAAGAUACACAUUCUAUCGAUAUUAAUUUUCUGUUGUAUUCUAGAUCGUUGUUAUGCAUUAUUUGUCAGUUUGUCAAAAUGUGGUUAUCUUUUUAUUUUCUCUUUUUGUUCUUGUAGAAUGUACUUUGGGACCCGGCGAUCGAAAACUGAAGAAACAAUCACAAUCAACAACAACAGUCACCGACUCUUCAUCACAAACUUCUUCUAAAAGUCGUCAACAGUCAGUUUCAUCUUCAAAACCUGUUGAAAAACCCACAACCGAUGUAAUUCACCGUAAUCUUAUUCAAGAACAAGUGGAUGGUCAAACAAUUGUCAACAAUCAUCAAUACUAUUGUGAAAAAUGUUUAAAUGAAACAGCAAGACAAUUUUCUCAGCCAAUUGUCGUCUAUGUUACACCAUGGAAUCCAUACGGAUAUGAUGCAGCUAAAUUAUUUAUCUCAAAAUUUGAUUAUAUUAGUCCUGUUUGGUUAUCAAUAAAACGAAAUGGUGUUGAAUCGUACGAAAUAAGCGGUACUCAUGAUAUUGAUGAAAAAUGGAUGAUGACAUUACGAAAAUUGAAACCUAUAAUUCAAAUUGUUCCACGUAUUAUCUUUGAAAAAUGGCCUGUUGAACAUAUACACGCUCUAUUUCAAUCGGAACACGAAAAACAAAAAUUAGCUGGAACAUUGGCUGAAUAUACUCAACAACAUCAAUUAGAUGGUUAUGUUCUUGAAUUAUUGUCACAAUUUCAUGUGUUUUCUAGCUGUACCGCCAUUGAUGAAGUUUUUGAUAAAAAUGAUUUUGAACAACUAAUGGAUCAUAUAGAUGGAUUCAGCAUAAUGACAUAUGAUUUUCCAAAUCAAAAAGGACCUGGUCCAGUGGCACCAUUAGAAUGGGUUCCAAUGACCAUGGAAAAGUUUUUAUUAUCAGAUAUUGAAUCUCAUACAGUACCAAAAUUACUUUUAGGUUUAAAUUUUUAUGGUUACAAAUAUGAUCGUGUUCUACCAACUUCAUUAAAACCUAAACAACAACAACAACAACAAGAACAAUACAAAUAUCAAUCACUUAUGGGUCGUGAUUAUAUCGAAUUUUUAAAACAGCAUUUAAACUCAAUAAUGAUUGCCUGUGAUACGCGAUCACAUGAACACGUAACAGCUAUACAAGUAAAACAACAACAGAAAAAAUUAUCACCAAAUGAACAACCACCAUUACCCGAUACAAUUAUUUUUUAUCCAAGUUUAAAAUCAAUCUAUGAUAGAUUACAAUUGGCAACAAAAUUAAAUGUGGGCAUUACGAUAUGGGAAAUUGGUGAGUUGAAAAAAGCCAAGAAAACAAUCAAUAAUGAUCAAUAUUCCUGGACAAUUGCACGUUUUGGAAAAAAUUAUUCAUUUGAUUAUGUUUGGAUACAAGGUCUAUGUGUCAAUAUUAAUAAAAACGAUGAUACAUUGCUCAUAGAAGAUAGUACGGGCUUGGGAAAAGUACACAACUGUACAAGAAUGCCAAAUGUAUGGACAUUAAUUGAAGAAGGUCAUUAUAUAAUGGUUGCUGGUAAAUUACUAUCGAUUGGCGAUUCAUUGGCAAGCACAAGUCCCGUUAUAUUGGACGCAUAUAAAAUUCAAUGUAUUAAUGAUUUGCCUAAAACAGAAAUUAUUUGGCCUUAUGAAGUGAUUGAUAUUCAUCAACAAGUCUAUUAUGCCUAA